UCUGUGUUCAUUACUGCUGCAGUUGUUAAUGUCACCCCUGCUGCACUGUACUUGUUAUGCACAAGCUUUUAUAAUUUUUUUUACAUAUUUAUGCACUGAUGUAUUUAACAAUUAAUUAGUGGCGGACCCACUGGGUGGGCCAUAUAUACCAUGGCAAUAUAGCAUAGUUUUUUUUGAGAUAGAUAUACCAUGGCAUAGCUAAAUAUUCAGGCCCAAAAAAAAAAAAAAAAUUCAUCCCAAGCCCAAGGCCCAUGCGCAUAACUCAGCCCGAGGGCUCUCACGGAAGACACGGAACACACAACCUGAGACGGCGCUCGCGGGGAGGUGAUUCGCGGCUCCCCGGAACUGGUGACGCGCCGCCGCCGCCGCCGCCGCCUCCACCGGUCGCCGGAUACCGCCUCCACGGACGCCGGACGCCGAUUCGCCCCUGCGCCAGGCUUCCCUCCGCAGGCCGCAGCUGAGUAACUCCGCCUCAAGCCCGUCGACAUCGACGCUGCUGCAGUGCUGCCGCGCCGCUUCCGCCGAGCGCCGACCGACGGUGCGCGCUGCCGUUUGAUUGACGCACGGUGCGGCGGCUCUCCCUUCUGCAGCCGUGAGCACAACCUCAACGCCUCGGCCCUCCACUCCUCCUAGCUCGGCAGCUCCACUGCCUUGACACGCAUUUGGUGGACCAGCUUCCCCUAUGGUUCUUGGCAGCAACAUUUCCAUCCAGAAAACCUUAUACGAGGUUUUAUCUGUGAGUGAAGAUGCUACAUUUGAUGAAAUCCGUGCAGCAUACAAGUCUGCUGCUCUCAGCACACAUCUUGACAAAGCACAUACAACUCUUGAGUCAUCUGUCCCUUCCAGUGAGCAGCAAGAAUUUCUGAGCGUUCAGAAAGCUUGGGAAAUCCUACGUCAUCCUGCAUCUAGAGCAGACUAUGAUAAGCAGCUGCAAUCAUCCAGACAGAACAUUGAGAUCAUUGCAUCUGAAAUCGAAGUUGGGGACAUGAUCAUCGAGACCACUGCUGAUACUGUGGAGCUGUUGUACCCAUGCAGGUGUGGCGAUUAUUUUUCCAUCACUUCAUGUGAACUUGGCGAGAUGGGAAUUUUGGUCAGUGGAGAUGGAGAAGUAGAACAGCAGUCAUCUGAUUCUGCAUCAGCUUCUUUUGUUCUGGGCUGUGGCUCUUGUUCUCUUAAAGUACGUUUGGUUAUAAAUGAAACUUCAUAAUACAUUUCAGACUCUGGUUGUAUGUUUCCCGGCAGGAUAAGUUUGAGCAAAUGACCUCAAAAUUAUUGAAGAAUAUGCCUCUGGAGAUGGGAAUUUUGGUCAGUGGAGAUGGAGAAGUAGAACAGCAGUCGUCUGAUUCUGCAUCAGCUUCUGUUGUUCUGGGCUGUGGCUCUUGUUCUCUUAAAGUACGUUUGGUUAUAAAUGAAACUUCAUAGACUCUGGUUGUAUGUUUCCCGGCAGGAUAAGUUUGAGCAAAUGACCUCAAAAUUAUUGAAGAAUAUGCCUCUGGAGAUGCGAAUUUUAGUCAGUGGAGAUGGAGAAGUAGAACAGCAGUCGUCAGAUUCUGCAUCAGCUUCUGUUGUUCUGGGCUGUGGCUCUUGUUCUCUUAAAGUACGUUUGGUUAUAAAUGAAACUUCAUAGACUCUGGUUAUAUGUUUCCCGGCAGGAUAAGUUUGAGCAAAUGACCUCAAAAUUAUUGAAGAAUAUGCCUCUGGUUUUCCUGAAAAUAGUGCAGACUAAGAUUAUUUGUUCUUCUGGGAAGUAUUGUGAGAUCCUGAUGGUGGUUGCAUUGUGAUAAAUGACGAUUUGACCGUUGUAAUCAGCUAACCACCAAUCAGCUAACCACCAUUGUGAAUUCCAUACGCUGGGAAUUUAAAAUGUUCCCGUGGUGGUUAUCCGGUACAUCUUUGGUUAAUGUUGUUUAUGGGCCGAUUUAA